AUGCAUUUGAAAAUGAGUCGGGAAAGAAAGCUAACCUCCAAAAUGUGUUGAUUCAACUACGAAAAUGUGUAGCUCACCCAUAUCUAUUCAUUGGUGUUGAACCAGAGCCCUUUGUCAUUGGAGAUCAUCUCAUUGAAGCCAGUGGUAAACUGCACUUGUUGGAUAAACUUCUUUAUUUUCUGUAUGAUGGUAAGCAUCGUGUUCUAUUGUUUUCACAAAUGACCCAGAUGUUAGAUAUUCUGCAAGAUUACAUGGAUUAUAGAGGUUACAGUUAUGAGCGCCUGGACGGAUCUGUCCGAGGUGAAGAGAGACAUCUUGCCAUUAACAACUUUGCUCAGCAGCCUAUUUUUGUUUUCCUUCUGAGUACCAAGGCAGGUGGAGUUGGUAUUAAUCUUACAGCAGCAGAUACAGUUAUUUUUGUUGACAGUGAUUUUAAUCCACAAAAUGAUGUGCAAGCAGCAGCCAGAGCCCAUAGGAUUGGCCAGAACAAACCAGUAAAAAUCAUACGCUUGAUUGGGAGAGACACUGUAGAAGAAAUUAUCUACCGGCGAGCAAUAUCAAAACUUCAAUUAACUAACACUGUUAUUGAAGGGGGGCAGUUUGCACUUGGAGCACACAAAACUCGGGAUAUAUCAGAUGUUCAGCUAAAUGAAAUCCUGAAGUUCGGUUUGGACAAAUUGUUGUCAUCAGAAGGGAGUACUGUCUGUGAUCUAGACUUGAGAAGUAUCCUUGGGGAGACAAAGGAUGGAAUAUGGUCAAUGGAUCCAGUGCAAUCAAGCACAGAAAUAAAUGAAGAGCAUACUUUGGAAAGCCAUAUGUACAUAUUUGAUGGCAAAGACUAUUCCAACGAAACUAGCCAAGAGGACAAGAAGGCCUAUGAUCAUUUGCUAGAACAUCAGAAAGCUCUCCUUGAAGACCUUAGUCAAGGAGGAAGAAUUCUCCGAAAUAAAGAAAACGUUUUUCUUAUGAUGGCUGAUAUGGGACCUAGUAAAAAAAAGCAUAAACUGAGCCCAGAAGAGCUGGAAGUUCAGCAGAAAAAAAUGCAGGAAGCAGCAGCAAAGAGGGCAAGGCUCAGAGAAGAAAAGAGGCAGAAGGCAGCAGAGGCUGAACAGCAGAAAAAGAAAGCCUUGUGGGAAGCCAAUCACUAUCAGUCUUGCUGCCUUGAGUCAGAAGAAAGCAGUGAAGAAGAAGACAAAGAAGAAGGGGAAAAUGUAUUGGAUUUAGAAUAUACAGACCCUGAGGAGACUUCUAUAAAGUAUAUGAUAGGUGAUGUUACCCAUCCCAUAGUAGCAGAUGGGGAUGCCAUAAUUGUUCACUGUGUAGAUGAUUUUGGCCACUGGGGAAAAGGUGGUUUAUUCACAGCGCUCAGGAAUCGUUCUGACCAACCAAAGGAAAUAUAUGAACUAGCAGGAAAGAUGAAAGACCUGACAUUAGGAGGAACUCUUUUAUUCUCCAUUGAUGAUAAGAAAUCCAGGAGUAAAGGAUCAGAUUGGCUGGCUCUUAUUGUAGCACAGCACCGGGACCAUUCAAACAACUUGUCUGGAAUUAAGCUUCCUGCAUUAGAAAAAGGAUUGAAGAAAAUUUAUCAUGAAGCCAAGAAAAGAAAUGCAAGCAUUCAUCUUCCUCGCAUUGGCUAUUCAACCAAAGGCUUUAAUUGGUAUGGAACAGAACGCCUCAUUCGCAAACACUUGGGAUCCAGAGGAAUUCCCACAUUUGUAUACUACUAUCCAAGAAAUCGUCUUCAAAAUAAUCCACAAUAGCAAUAUUACAAUCUUAAAAGUUUUCCAGCUAUUAAGCGGAAAUUGGCAUUUUCAGUGGAUAAACUGAAUUAGAUAUUCACUUUUGUUUUGUUUUUGUUUUUGUGUUAAUUAGAAUUGUAUUUUACAGUUCUGAAUACUGUCUAUAUUAAUGGGGCAAAUUAUGCUUUAGAAAAAAUAUCCAAAGCUUCAGAGAUGAUCUGAAAAAAUGAAGUGUUAAAUGAAAUUUGAUAAAGAGAGUGAUUACAUAAUAAAAGAAUUAUCUGAAACCAA